GGCACCGCGAAAAUCUAUUUCUAUUUUUCCUGCUGCAAAGGCUGAAAAGAACCGAGACUCACGAAACCUAACAUCCGCCGGGGACCUAUGGACCCUCGCCGGGUAGUCCCCCGCGCAGUCCGCGACCCGAUAAUCCGCCAAGUCGGAUUCUUCGCUCCGUUGGGUCGACCCGACCCGAUACCGUCGUCACCUCCGGCCCCCAACUUCUCUCUCUCCGGCAACUCGUUGUCCCCCGUCAUGAUCCCGCCGCCGCGCCACCUGUCCAUCGGCCCACGAAACUUGCACAUGGCACCUGCAGAGUCUUCAAUUCCCGCCGGCAGCUACAAUCCAUCUGAAUUCUUAUCCCCUACCGAGACCACGGAUUUUUCCGAGGAUCUUAGGGAUAGUUCGUUGGGAUUCUCUGCGUCUCUCCCUUCUGUGCGUUUGACAAUGGAGAUGGACGUGGCUCAGAACGAUGUGAAUGUUGUGAAAUUUCCCGCCGAUGUACGAGAUGGAGGGGCAAAUGUGGAAGUUAGGCUGGGAAAGAGGGCAAAUGAUGGGAAGCCGCUGAAGGAGAAGACUACAAAAGCCGAACGGCGAGCGAUUCAGGAAGCACAACGAGCUGCAAAGGCUGCUUCUAAAGGUCAAGGAAGUAAGGCUCCGAGUGCUGUUGUGGCUGGAGCUAAUCCUACGAAUAUGGGGAAACCUGCAAAGCUUGUUCCACCAAGGAAAGAAAACACUCUUGUUGCAGCCUUCGAGAAAAGAGGUGGUGAGCGCCAACCGGAUAAAGAUAGGAAAAAGGACAUCCCUCAUCCGCGGAUGCAGUUUGAUGAUGAAAAUAAAGUUGAGAAGGCAAAAAAGCGAUCUGUGGUCAAACAAAUAGAAGCCAGGAAUAGGGCUGAGCUCUUUAGGCAUCUACCUCAGUAUGAACACGGAAGAAGGCUUUCUGAUUUGGAAUCAAAGUUCUUCCAACUUGAUUCUGUUCAUUCUGCUGUUUACAAGGUUGGACUGCAGUAUCUAGCCGGAGACAUUUCCGGUGGCAAUUCCCGGUGCAUUGCCAUGCUUCAAGCUUUCCAAGAAUCCAUCAAGGACUACACCACCCCUCCUGACAAAGCCCUCGCCAGGGACCUAACCGCAAAAAUAAACACUUACGUCUCUUUUCUGAUCGAAUGCAGGCCACUCUCUAUCAGCAUGGGGAACGCGAUCAGAUUCCUCAAAUCUCGAGUCACCAACCUAUCCCCAAAUCUGUCUGAGGCUGAGGCAAAAGCCCAUCUCAUUUCUAAUAUUGACCGUUUUAUAGAGGAGAAGAUUAUUCUGGCGGAUAAAGUUAUCGUCAAGCAUGCUGUCACCAAGAUUAGGGAUAAUGACGUGCUUCUCACGUACGGUUCCUCUUCUGCUGUUGAGAUGAUAUUUUCGCAAGCCCACGAGCUUGGUAGAAUGUUCCGGGUUGUGAUAGUUGAUUCACGUCCCAAGCUCGAAGGGCAAAAACUGCUCCGUAGGCUUGUGGGGAAGGGUAUCAUUUGUACAUACACUCAUAUAAACGCAGUUUCGUAUGUUAUGCACGAGGUGACUAAGGUUUUUCUGGGGGCUUCUUCGGUUUUGUCGAACGGGACAGUUUACUCUAGGGUUGGUACGGCGUGCGUGGCCAUGGUUGCCUAUCAGUUUCGUGUCCCGGUCAUGAUAUGCUGUGAGGCUUACAAGUUUCACGAGAGAGUUCAGCUUGAUUCGAUAUGCUCAAAUGAGCUUGGUGAUCCUGAUGUGGUUUCCAAGGUUUCUGGGAGAGAAAUCAAUCAUUUGGAUGGUUGGGCCAAGAGUGAGAAUUUGCUUCCCUUAAACUUGAUAUAUGAUGCCACACCUUCUGAUUACAUAUCGAUGAUCAUUACAGACUAUGGCAUGAUACCACCUACAAGUGUGCCUGUUAUUGUCCGGGAAUACCGCAGAGAACAAUUGUGGAAAAACGGAAAAGGAAAAAGCUUGACAGAUGGAGAAAUCCCCGAAUUCGACGAAGGCCUGAAGCCUUGGCUAUUGGCCCUCCACCCGUUGCCAGUUUUACCGGCCUCGUUUAUGUGGAGGAGGCCAAGACCUCAGCAA